AUGAGGGCUGGUGUUGAUAUCUUUGCUCUUGACUAUGAUGCUAUUAUUGCUGCCAUGUAUGCAUUGACUGUUAGUGCCGAGGGAGACUGUUACUUGUGUGUGCCGCCUGACCCAGGUAUAGAGCCCGCUGCCCUGGGUACUAGUGAGUCUGCUCUCUCCGGUAUGGUGCCCCCUGUACUUGCUCCCUCCAGUGCUGUCCCGGCUGUUUGCGAGUCUGCUCUCUCAGGUACAGCACCCACAGAGACUGCUCUCUCAGGUACCGCACCGGCUGAGGCCUGUCACACCUUCACCCUUGACUCAGUCCUUGCCCAGUCCACCACUGUGCUCCCUUGUCCGGCGGUUCCGUCUGGCUCGUUGUCGGGUUUCCACCUCCCCUCGUUCUCGACGAACCUGGUGAGCAACGCUGUCAUCCAGGAUCAGUGGGUUGACACCUUUACUCCUGGAGGACAGCGUGUGGCGAUCUGCACGUGCUCCAGGACCGGCCGUCACCUGGCUACGUUUACCCGUCGGCCGGGGUCGAGUCUCUACACACUGACCACUGCGUCUCCUCAGGUCGCUGCUGUCGGUCAGGUGUCCGCGUCAGGUCUGGUGGCCCACGCCUCCCGCGUUCGUGGCCAGGGCGGUGAGCGGUACUUUUUGCUGGUUGUCGACGACUACUCGCGUUACACCACGGUCUUCCCCUUGCGCACCAAGGGUGAGGUCCCUGCUGUUCUGAUCCCUUGGAUCCGCACAGUUCGUCUCCAGCUCCGCCGCCGUUUCCGGACGGAUCUUCCUGUCCUGCGUCUGCACUCUGACAGAGGUGGUGAGUUUUCCUCCGAUCUCUUGAGGACCUUCUGUCAGGCGGAGGGCAUCGAGCAGACCUUCACGCUUCCGGACUCCCCACAGCAGAAUGGGGUUGCUGAGCGCCGCAUUGGCCUGGUCAUGGAGGUCGCUCGUACCUCCUUGGUCCACGCGGCGGCUCCCCAUUUUCUGUGGCCGUUUGCUGUCCGGUACGCCGCGCAUCAGCUCAACCUCUGGCCCCGUGUCUCCUUGCCGGAGACCUCUCCCACACUGCGUUGGACGGGGGAGGUUGGCGAUGCGUCGCGCUUCCGGGUGUGGGGUGCUCGUGCCCUUGUCCGCGAUACGUCCGCGGACAAGCUCUCCUCCCGCACACUUCCCUGUGUCUUCCUUGGCUUUGUCCCUGACGCGCCGGGCUGGCAGUUUUACCACCCCACCUCGCGCCGGGUCUUCGCCUCUCAGGACGUCACCUUUGACGAGUCGGUCCCUUUUUACCGUCUCUUCCCCUACCGCACUGCCCCCCUCCCUCCCCCGCCGCUUUUCCUUGCUCCUGGUCCCCCUCCGGCGGCUCCCAAGCAAUCAUUCCUAUCCGCCAUAUACCCCCCCAUUCUCCACUCCCGAAAUCUUUUAGCGACUCCUUCAGCGCGUCGCGUGUUCAGUCUGAUGGACGGACUCAGCGUCGUCCACCUCGCGCGGCCGAUUCUAGGUCUUGUUGGAUUGGGCUUCCACGUCGUCAUUGAAUGGCUGGAACACGCUCCUGCAGGAAUAAUCGACUUGUUGGAGCCGAGUCGAGACAAGGCGACUCGCCGUUACCCCAACUAUUUUAAACCAUACUCCCCAAGGACCGCGUCGUGCUCUCAACACCUCCCCGCGUUCGACCCCGCUGCAGCAGCAGGAGCCGUGGCCGGCGCCGUCCAAUCAGCAACCGCCACGUUAGCCAGCACCAUCGCGCAAGCUCCGGGCGGGCUGCUGUUCAACGGCGCAUCGGCGCUACGCCUGGCGCUCCGUGAAGAGGGUGGAAACUGCAAUACAAGGGGGGGCGAGUGGGACGAGGAGCAGCCGAGCAUGUCUCUGGUGCCGCACUCCCACAGCGACCCCGGCUGGCUGCUGACUGUCGAGCAGUCACCCUCUCUCGCACACCACUCCCCUUCUUGCUCCCAGGUUUUGGCUCUCUGCUCAUUGUUUCGGUUUCUGUCAUUCCUCCGGGCGACAACAGUGCGGCACACAGACAAGAACGACCUGGGGUGGCUUUUCAGCAGAGUUGAUGACUUCAAACCAGAGCAGGUUGUACUGUACUCAACUUUGUAG